UUGUAAGGUGGAGGAGGACGGGGUUUUCAGUGACCAGCACCUGGAUAACCUGGAGAGGAUCUGCAGCCCGGACCAGGAGGAACCAGGGCAUCCACAGACUACAGAACUGGAGGAAGACUCCAGCGGUCAGGAGAUGAAGCACGAGGACGUAGAGGUGGAUGUCUCAUUGGUCAAUGUCGCUGAUGUGAAAGUUGAAAAUGGUGAACCAGGACCAAACUGUGGCCAGCUGCUGUUGCACACUUCUCCUGAAGCUCAAAACAAAGAUGAGGAAGGAACCGAAAGUUUACGCUCAGACUCCAGUAAAACUGCAGAUCCGGAGCCAAUGAGACGACACGGGGACCACGAAGAUGCUGCUGUCCCGUCAGACAGCAACUGUAAAUCAAAGCUGACCAGGACCCACACGGGGAAGAAGGCGUUUUCUUGCAGCACCUGCAGGAAAGAGUUCAGUAAAAGUAGUAUUUUAAUAGAUCACAUGAAGAUCCACACUGGCGAAAGGCCGUACCUGUGCAACACCUUCAACAAACCCUUUACUAAAUCAUCAGCUCUUAAAAGCCACAUAAUCACGCACAUGGGCGAGAAGCCCUACAUCUUCAAAACAUGUGGAAAAAGUUACAGAGAACGUUCCAAACUGGUGAUUCACUCAAGGAUCCACACGAGCGAGAAGCCCUACAUUUGCAAAACAUGUGGAAAGAGUUACAGGCUACGUUCCACCCUGGUGGUUCACUCAAGGACCCACACCGGCGAAAGCCCGUCCCUGUGCAACACCUGCGGGAAAACCUUUACCAAAUCAUCACAUCUUAACCGCCACAUAACCACACACACGGAUGAGCUUAUUGGAGUGGAGUAUCUCUACAAGCAAACUGGUAAAGUGCUGCAGGAUUACAACGUGGCCAUUGAGCAGUCAGAGAAUAAUGUGGUCCAGGUGGAUGAGAGUUUCAUUGAGACUGAGGAGUUUGUAAACAUGACCCUUCCAUCCUUGGAGACAGUGCGAAGACCUGCCGUCUCACAAUCGUCUGCAGCUGCUCCUAUUCCACCACUUUCAGCUCCUCCAUCUACCAGCUCCACAUGUCUGCCAGCAGUCCCUCCUUCAGCUCCAUCAACCAGCUCCAUGUCUCUGCCAGCAGUCCCUCCUUCAGCUACGGCUUCUCCUUUGGACAGCCUACUGAUGGCUAAAUCCAGGCCAGCAAUUCUUCCUGCUACUCAAUGCUCCCCAACACAGCAACCUUCGUCAGGAGCUGCUGCUCAAGCUUCUGAAGCCUCCUCCUCACAUGAUGAUUCAGUUGGGCCUGACAACAUCGAAGGGUAUGGAGCAGUACAAGACUUGGCAGAGUUUUUGGUUGGCCUCAGACACCACCGUCUUGCCUUGAGUGGAGAAGAGGCCAACCAGGUCAUCACCCUGUGGCAAAUGCUGGGGGAGUACGACAAAAGUAAAACCAUUUACCCAAAACGUCACCGAACCAACCUGGAACAGGGUCGAUUCCGGGCAACCAAAAAGAUUGUGGCACCAGGUGUAGAGAGCACCAAAAGAUCUUUCAUCGGGGCCCACAGUCCAGCUCAGUGGCCUGACUGUAACAGGGUGGUGGAGGCGUCUUCCUGA